UUUUUUUUCUUUUUUUUUUACCAAACCAUCCUUUAAAGAUUAUCGUCUUUCUCUUCCUUUGAUUAUACCUUAAAUCACAUUCUUUCUCCUUUUUUUUGAAAAAAAUUUAUAAAUUAAAUUUCAAAAAUGGGUGUACAACAAUCAAAAAAGAUGACACCUAAAAAUCAUCAUCAUAAACAAAAAUCUUUUGCAAGCGAGAGUGAAUUAAAACAUUUACAUUUGAUUACUUCUGAAUUGAAUAAUGUAAAAGAUCUUGAUAUAAAGUAUAACUCCGAAACAAUCGAUAGAAUUGUUUCGCAACAAUACUUACUCAAACAUAUCUGGAAGGGUAAUUUUAGUUCCCCGAUUAGAGAUUUAUUGGAAUCUGGAAGUGUGAAUGCUCUCGAAAUCAAAUGUGGCCCAGGUACUUGGAUUUUGGAUAUGGCUACAGAAUUUUCAAGAUGUUCUUUUACAGGAAUCGAUUUGAUACCAAUUUUUCCUUCUGAAAUAAGGCCAAAAAAUACAAAAUUCUUUCUCGCGAAUAAACCCGAAUAUUUACCUUUCCCUCCUUCAACAUUUUCUUAUAUACAUAUAAAUUUUAUUGAACAUAUGCAUAACGAACAUUCAUUUUGUCAAAAUGAUAUAAUAAAUGAUAUUAUUAAUAUCAUGAAAUGUGACUCAUGGUUAGAAAUAACUACUUGGAAUUUGGAAUUUGAGAAUGAAAGAGUUGGUCAUAUCACUCAAAAAUUAAUUUCUGCCAUGAAAACAUGUUUCGAAAAUUAUACUUCAUUAUCCGAAACAAUUUCUUCAUUACCUUCAAAUUGUGAUCAAUUAAAGAAUACAAAUAUUCUGACAAACAAUAUACCUGUAGGUAAAUGGGGAGGCAUUAUCGGUGAAUUGGUAAUGCAAGAUUUGUUAAUUACCUUUAAACAACAUGGUAAUAAAAUUUGUAAAAAGUUGGAAAUCACUCCUAAACAGUAUGAUUCAUACUUGGAAGAAUUUGUUAAAGAAAUUGAAGAAAAUCAAACCGUCUUCAAAACGUGCAGAUUUUAUGGUCAAAAGAUAUAAUAAUAAUCGGAUGAUUUCGAUUUCUUUAACGUACAUUAUGAAUAUAAACUCUUUGAAACCUUUGUUUCGAGAGUUUAAUGUACAUAUCUGUACUUUACUGUACUUUAUAUAUUUUACAUAUAUUUUACAUAUACCUCACAUUAAACUUUACAUAUACUUCGCACAUACUUUUACACUUACUUUUACAUACUUUUCGCAUACUUUUACAUACUUUUUUUUUCACAUACUUUUUCACACAACACACUUUUACAUAUAAUUUCGCAUACAUACUUUUUUUAUAAAGACACUUUAUAUACAUAUUUAAAAAAAAAACGGGGGAGUAAUCUCGGGGGAAGUAAUCUUGGGUUAAAAUGACAUUUUUUUUUAUUAUUUGUCAUUUUAGUAAUUAUUUUAUAUAUACAGUAUAUA